GUGUGUCUGUCUGUGUGUCCUAGGGGAUUAGGGAAGGUAGUAAAAGAAAGAGAUGGACCUUCACAUUUUGGAGCACCGGCUCAGGGUGACGAGCCUGAGCAAAGCUGGCCUGGAGCGGUACACACACGGACUCAUCAAACUCGUUUUCCUACGGGACAAGACCAGGUGUAAGUUUUUCAGCCUGACUGAAAUGCCUGAUGACUACACGUUAGUGUUAGAUGAGGAGGGAUUUAAAGAAUUGCCUCAGACAGACUAUCUACAAGUGGCGGAAGCAACAUGGUUGGCACUGAAUGUUGUGUCCAAUGGUCAUUCAUCAACUAGUUCUCAGACAAUUGGAGUGACAAAGAUAGCAAAAUCAGUGAUCGCUCCUCUAGCCCUACAUAAUGUUUCUGUAUUCCUGUUAUCAACAUACCAGACUGACUUCAUACUGGUACGGGAGAGUGAUUUACCGGCCGUCAUUCACACCCUUUCUGAAGAAUUCAGUAUCUUCAAGGAGGAGAAUGGUGAAUCAGUCCCAGUAGAUACUAACAAUGUCACAAAUGGCUUCACAAAACCCAAAACUGCUGUCAGCCCCACAGUUCAUCCAGUGUUAAGUCCCAAGAACCAGUUCUGUGUAAUGAGCUUGGACCCAGAUACUCUUUCCACUAUUGCCACUAUUCUCAUGGAUGUAAUGUUCUACUCUGCAAGUUUGAAAGCUCGGUCUGCUGAUCAGGAUCUUGACUACAUUCGUUUUUUUUCUUUUUCGUUGAUCGAUGGCUAUAUUUCAAUUGUAGUGGACACACAGACACAGAAGAGAUUCCCUAGCAAUCUGCUGCUCACCAGUGCGUCGAGUGAGUUAUGGAGGAUGGUGCGAAUAGGUGGACAGCCAUUGGGAUUUGAUGAAUGUGGGAUUGUUGCACAGAUAUCUGAGCCUCUAGCAAAUGCUGACAUUUCUGCGUACUAUAUCAGCACCUUCAAUUUUGACCAUGCACUGGUGCCUGAAGAAGAUAUUGAUAACGUUAUUACUAUGCUGCAGAGACGUCAGAAUGGUGAAAGAUAGCAGAGACUGCCUGACUUUAUAUUUUACAAUGUAUUCAUCCAUCAAGUUGAUGCGUAAAUUUUGAAGACCAGGAAUUAUUGUGUCUCAAAAACCUAUGCUGAGAGCAUAAGGCAGACAUUUAGACUGGGUUUUCUACGAUAUUUAAUAGUUAAACAAUUUAGUUAGAAUAAGGCUAGCUAAUUUUUCUCCAAGUUCAGUUCAAUUCUGUUUACUACUUCAAUGAUUGAACUCUUAUGCACAGCCAUGAAAAUUUGCAUUACUGUUUUGCACUAAGACCUUCAGUAUAUGGGUGGUCUUGUUUUCAAAGACCUGAAAAAGUUGCAGUUUUGCUUUUUGAGGUAAACUGGAUGUUGUGUGUGGAAUGGCUUAAAACACCAUGUAAUGCAAGUAAAUCAGGUUACAAGCCUUGAUGUUUUGAGUUGUAAUAAGACUCCAACCCAGGAUUGGUCUUUAAUUUAUAAACCUGAAGAAAAUUGGAGGAGGUUGCAAUGGGUUGAGGAAAAGAAGCUAAUUGCUCUAUUCACCUGUUAGAAUUAGCCAAUGGAUGAAUUUUUAAUCUGAUGUAGGCUGCAAAGAACUAUAUUCUUUAAUUUUUCAUGAAAACGUAUCUAUUUCAUUACUGAGUAUUUUCACAUUCUUGCAGUUGUAAUCUUCGUUGAUCUGUUUUUAAAUGGUGCUGCUACUCUUCCACUACAACAAGCUUCAUUUAUCACAGGAGGCUUAACAGAUGUGAUCAAGGAAUGUGGAAUAAGAAAGCUGGCAUCUUGUGGUUUUUAUUCAUGAAACAUUCAGUGGGUGCUUUAGUCACAUGGCAACCAGAAUAUGCUAAGGAGUGAUUUUUAAAUUUAAAAGUUUAUUAUUUUGGGCUUCAGGAACUGAAGCUCCAACUGUGAGGCUAAAUACUGGACAGACAUCUGGUUGACUGUAAACUUGUUUCAUUGGAAUUGUUUCGGUCUUAUUAAAAUUAGAAUUAAUUUACAAAAACAAA